AUGCCUAAUAGUCACGGCGGUCGGAGGCCAGAGGGCCCGGAUGUGGUCACUCUCCCUCCUACUGGCGUCCUCUCCCCGGAUCUCAGGGCAAGCGGCACUCAUCAUGGCUCAGGAUGCUUCACUCGCUGCCAUUUUCACUUCGCCAAUGAUGCAGUUGAGGUUGGUGACACGGUCCGGGUUGUCGGUGGUCACCCGUCCCUGGGCAGCUGGGACUAUAAAAAAGGCCUGCCUCUGUGUAUUCGGCAAGCCCUCUAUCCGUGCUGGUUCACGGUCGAGCCGGCCAUGUUGCCACUGAUGCGUGUGACGGAGUAUGCAUACGUCACAGUUGGCCCUAGUGGGAACCUCAAGUCCUGGGAGAGGACUGAUGCCGAUCAGAGGGUCAUUCGACAGGUCAUACCGAGCGGUAUGGAAAUGACCAUUGAGGAUGAUGAUGGUCUCUAUCGCUAUCUGUUGACGAGGGGCGCCGCAGCAAGGCUGCAACAAGCUGACACUACCACGGCAUCUGGUUCCAGUGGGGGAGCGGUAGACUCGGCAAGCCUUGAGUCCGGGGCCGCCGGCAGGGACCCCUCUAGUGGGGAGCUGCAUAUCCCCCUACGACCGUCAGGACCCUCACAAGAGUCUCUCCCGAGGGUUCGAUCGGCAUUUUUUGACGCUUCUAUCACGCUCACGCCUGAGGACUGCGUCGUUUUCGUCAGCAUCCAGCUGCCAGUGCUGGUCUGUAGAAAGGCUGGAGGAGGCUUCGAGGUGUAUCCGAGUAGAUAUGUGUCGAUGUCCACUCUACACGCUGUUAAGAACGAGCUCAACCCAAAGCGAUCACUAUUCGUCGGCUGGCCCGGCUUGGACUACCUAUCCAAAGAAGAACAAGAUGAAGUUCGUCGAGUGCUGAAGCCGUAUGACUGCAUACCUGUAUUUUCUAGCGAUCCGGAGCAGAAACGUAGAGGUCCGCAGCCAGCCCGGCAUGGCUUUGAGGAGUUCCUCGAUUUCUGUCAAACUUUCCUGUGGCCAACAGUGAACGACCAAGUGCCGUUGGUGCACAACUCUGAGGACCUUAUGACAUUCGAUGUGAAGUUGUGGGAUAAAUACGUCUAUUGGGUUAACGACUAUCACCUGUUAUUGGUGCCUAUGUUGUUGAGGAAGGGCCUCCGUAAGAGUCAGAGAGGCUGGGCCUCGCCGCCUUUGAGCCCCUCACAGCUCUCGCCUAGUGGCAAGUCGCCAGCUAAGAAGCCUACGAUUGGCCUGUUUCUCCACACUCCGUUCCCGACCUCUGAGAUCUUCUUGACGCUACCGGUACGGACGCAAGUGAUGCAGUCCUUGUUGGCCGCUGAUUUGGUGGGCUUCCAGUUCUUCGAUUAUGCGAGGCAUUUCCUCACAGUAGUGAAGAAGCUUGUGGGUAGGUCGUCGUCUUGUAGGCAGGAGUGGUCCCAUUGGGGUGGGCAGGUAUUGGUGACGGUCGGCCACGCCUCGACACAGUUCGAGCUCAUUGCUGCCCAAAUGCGGGCCCCAGAGGUCCUUAGGCGUAUCAAGGAACUUAAGACUAGAUUCGCUGGGAAGACUAUUAUAUGUGGCGUAGACAGGCUGGGGAGGCUUUCUGGCAUCCUCUUGAAGCUGAGGACUUUCCGUCAGUUCCUCAAGGUGUAUCCAGCGUAUAGGAAUAAAGUCGUGCUUGUGCAGCUGGCAGUAUCGAGGACCACGACUACUCAUACUAGUCCGGAAAACAGAAUCACAUUGGCGAAAAGAGUAGGGCGGAGCGAAGUUUUUUUCUCCAAAUUUCUAUUUAUGGGUCCUCACGUAUUCUUUUAUGCGGGUGAUAUCGAGACGGAGGAUAGGCUGGCGACUAUGGCGGUAUCGGAUCUGUUGCUGGACACUAGUCUUAAGGAUGGACUCAACUUGACGCCUUUUGACUGCGUCCUUGGCCAUCAGGGCGCGUUGCUGGGCCGUGUGGUGUGCUCUGAGUUCUCGGGAUGCAGCCAAGUGUUGACAGGCAGUCUCAGAGUGAACCCAUGGGACACAGAAAAAGUCCUCAAUAUGCUAGACGAGAGCCUCAGUCUACCUUUACAGGAGUUGACUACUCGAUUCGCGAGGGACAUUUCGUAUGUUACGAGUCAUAGCCUGUUGAGAUGGGCGCAGGGGAUCAUCAACGACCUGGCACGGUGUCGGGCUCACUAUGUAUCGAGAAUGUCUAACCCUGAUGCUGAUAAGGAGGUCGCUUGGGGAGUUAAGGGCAGCUGCGAAGUUCUAGCACAAAUCGACGAUCAUAACUUUUUCAAACUCGAUGUCCCUCGGGUUGUAAGGGACUAUAGUAAAGCCAAGAGGAGGAUAUUCUUCCUCGAUAAUGAGGGUACGUUGGCACCGGACCUCAGGAGGAUGUUCAGACACUCUGAACCAGAGGUCAAUCGGGAGUCGAAUGUGCUGAUGUCGCACGGCAAUCCGCCCUCGGCAGCAGUGUUGGACUCCUUGUCGAAGCUGUGCAGUGAUCCGAGGAACACAGUGGUGAUUCUGAGCGGCAGGGAGAAGUCGUUGCUACAGGACUGGUUUGGUUCUGUGCGUAAUAUUGGUCUAGCGGCUGAGCAUGGCUACUACUGGAAGCUUCCUCCCAAUACUAUGAAGAGGCAUGUGGGGAAACUGGGCGAGGAGGCCAACGUCGCCUCCCCAGUGGGUCCUGACGGAUGGGCGUGUCUAUUGCCCGAAGCAUCGGAGGCUGACGCGAAGAAGGCAGAAUGGAAGGCGCUUGCGGGGGAACUCAUGCGGCAGUACGUAUCCAGGACGCAAAACUCGUUUGUGGAAAACAAAGGCUCCGCAUUGGCUAAAAAUCUAUACUCAUCUUUGGAGGAGUACCUGAAGGGGUAUGAUGUUGAGGUCACUAUGGGGAAGGGCUAUGUAGAGGCGAAGUUGAGAGGGGUCAACAAGGGGCUGGCAGUACAGACUAUAUUGGCGAAGUUGGCCACUGCUGGAAAUGACCAGUCACCAGACUUCGUGAUGUGUAUUGGUGAUGACCGUAGCGAUGAGUAA